AUGCCCGGAAGACGUGGCGGGAACAGCGGCCGCUGGCGCACCUGCGCGUUGCUUCUGCAGGUCCUCGCCGCUACGGCAGCUACGGUCGCAGACGCAGAGUCCACCGUGAGGUCACUGACCAACGAGGCCAGCCAGCGAAGAAGUACCAGCGACGCGUCCGGAGACCCACAUCGUCAAGGUUUCGAGGCACUAAGACUUCAAGACACGGUGGCAGCACUUCCGUCGGGCUUUGAAUUCGCAGAGGCUGUUGCCUACGAUGCGAUGAACGCGCCUCAAGCUGCUGGGGGCGAAGCCAGGCUCGGGAUUGGCGUCCCGUCACAGAAGCUGUACCAAACACAGAAUGGUGGCGCUUUUUUGAAACCCAACGGCGAACGGUACCAUGCCUCGGCUACGGACCACUACGGCGGCCUCGGAGGUUCCGGUGGUUCAGGCGGAUACGGCUUUCCAGAUGCCAUGAGGUACUACCACUACGGCUCGGGUCCGAAGGCGUACAACACCGAACACGCGUACGCCUACGAGAAAGUUUACCCGGAGCGCACCUACAGCACCAACCACGCCACGUCUUACGAGAAACACUACGACGAUAACGACAACAAGGGCGGGCCGUGGGCUGGUGGCGGCUACGAGUCACGCUUCAGUAGCAGCUAUCCCAUCAGAGGUGGCGGCGGCGGCGGCGGCUAUGGCUACCGACACGGCGACGGUUACGGAAAAGGUAGCGGGAGCGGCUACGGAGCGAAAGGCUACGAAUCGCGCUACGACUCCCGGCCCGCGGCCGCUUCGUCUACGAGGAGCCGACGAAGAGGCGGUGCAAGAGCUGGUCCCAAGAUCAAACGCUACGUCUACAAGAACCCUUACGACAAGAGUACCACACGCGUUGUGGAGAUGCACUCGAGCCGAGGGCGCCCUAGCUGGGCUGCGUCCAAUGAAAAUCGGCAGAUCUGGAAGCCGGACGACAUGGAACAGUUCGUGUUAGGACUGAUGCGCAAUGGCUGAUGGG